GUGUGUGUGUGUGUGUGUGUGUGUGUAUGUUUGUGUGUGUUUGUGUGUGUGUGAAAAGAAUAACAACACCGACGUCGUACGUACGUGUUUGUUUGGUCGUCGCUGUUUGUUUAUUUACAAUCGUGAAUUGUUUGUGUUUUUGUUGUCCGACAUAACAGCGUAAAUUGACCCCGCUCGAUCAGCGGUAUUCGCACGUCAAUACCGCCUAAACAUAAUACCGGCCGGCGGCGUCGGCGUUGUCGGUUCGCAAUACACGACAGUAAGAUGCCCUAAGCGGCGUCUGCGGCUUAGUGCAGCCAGUACAUACUUUCAAUUGACUUAGCAAACAGUAACACCAGUCCGACUUCGAAUUCCCGUUCUGGACGAAAAGUGAUUUCGUGUGUCAACGAGUAGUCGAAUACGUUUCGUGUCACAACUACGCCACUCUCAUGGCGGCCAUCAACAGUGGCAGUAAUAACAGCAAUAGCAACAACACGAGUGCUGGUGGCAGCAACAUGUACCGCGUUGGAGAUUAUGUAUACUUUGAGGCUCAACAGCAGCAACAGCAGCAGCAGCAGCAACAAUCUAUGCAUCACCAGCAGCAGCCGUUCCAAAUACGUAGAAUCGAAGAGCUCAAUAAGACUGCUGGUGGUAAUGUUGAAGCCAAAGUAAUGUGUUUCUAUAGACGACGCGACCUGCCAGCUCAACUUGUUGCGCUGGCUGAUAAACACCAACAACACCAGCAGCAGCAGCAACUAUCUUUGACUUUAUCAUUAUCUCCUGGUGGAAGUAGCACUACUAAAGGUGGUGGUAAGCAGUCAUCUACAAUCAAAUCUUCUCCAGUCACUGAUAAAGAUGCUAAUACGGAUAAAAAAGAACAAGACACUAGUGCUGGUGGGGCCCUACCAAUGAUAAAAAAUGAGCUGCAGAACGAAGAACAAACUGCCAGUAAAAUAGAAACAUCUGAAAUUAAUGAAACUGUGAAAGAGGAACAGCAACAACAGCCAGAUGUUGAGAUGUCAGAAGAUACAGAAACUAAUUCUGCUGUAACCGCUGUUGUCAAAAGUGGAGAUGCUCGAGUAGACGGUGAUGAUGUCGAAACCAACGAUAAAUCUUCAGAUAUUGGAAAAGAUGAAGAUAAGACAACACAAGGUACACAACCACAACAAGACUGGUGGCGUGGGGAACAGCUUAAACAACGGGAAUUGUUUUUAAGCAGGCAAGUAGAAACAUUGGCGGCAACGCAUAUCCGUGGAAAGUGUACAGUAACAUUAUACAACGAGACUGAGUCAUUGGACAGUUACUUAGAAAGAGAGGAUACGUUCUUUUAUUGUCUGGUAUUUGAUCCCGUCCAGAAGACGUUGUUGGCCGACAAGGGAGAAAUCCGUGUUGGCCAUAAAUAUCAGGCUGAAGUACCGCCAAAAGCGCUCUUUAACCGUGGUAGUAGUGAUGUAAAUUCAAAAGAUUCGUCAGCAACAUCGAUAAAAGGAGAAAUAGUAAAAGAAGAACACACUACUGAUGGUGAUGGAGAAGAGCCAAUGGUAACAGAAUGUAGUCGAGACGACGACGAUGAUGAUGAUAAAAAUGUUGAUGCAAAAUCCUCUACUGCAGUGACUACUGUGACAGCAAUAGGAACCGUAACAGCAGUGACAGUGGAAAGCGAUUCUGAUCUUGAGACUUUGAUAUGGACAUGUAGGCCGCAGUGGAAUCGUUUGACCGAUAGACAAAUAGAUCAGUUUUUGGUCGUUUCUCGAUCGCUGGGCACAUUUGCUCGGGCCUUAGAUUGCACUAGUUCAGUGAAACAGCCUUCUCUACAUAUGUCAGCGGCUGCUGCGUCACGGGACAUCACAUUGUUUCAUGCAAUGGACACACUGCAUAGGCAUGGUUAUGAUCUGGGCACUGCCACCUGUUCUCUAGUGCCUAGUACAGGACCUGUAUUGUGCCGUGAUGAAAUGGAAGAAUGGUCAGCGUCUGAAGCGAAUUUGUUUGAGGAAGCGUUGGAGAAGUAUGGAAAGGACUUUGGUGACAUACGUCAUGAUUUUCUACCAUGGAAAACACACAAAAACAUAGUCGAGUACUAUUACAUGUGGAAGACCACUGACAGGUACGUGCAGCAGAAGCGUGUUAAGGCCGUAGAGCAAGAAUCAAAGUUGAAACAAGUGUACAUACCUUCUUAUAAUGGAACUAGUGGUGGAAAGCAGCAGUCUAUAACAUCAGGUGUAACAAUAAAAUCUUCACAGCAGCAGCAACUCGUAAAUGGUAACUCAGCAGCUGUGGAACUGUAUUCCCCCAAAAAUGGUAGCAGUGGAUUAUCUAUUACAGGGGAAGGACCAUUACAACCUGGAUUGUGUGAUCUAUGUGAUGUUGUAUCCUCGCAACAAUGGUAUCCUAACAACAUAGGAGCCACAACCGGAACCACAUCAAUAUCCUAUCAUCAACAAAAUGGAGGAUUGUCUUCAUUAUGUCACGAGUGCUGGACACAUUGGAAAAAAUAUGGAGGUCCUAGAACUGCUACUUCCGAUAAAAAAGUUAUUGCAGCAGCAAGAGGAGAAAGCGUGUCUGGAGACGAAGAUCGACCACAUUCAAAUGCGUCAUCCAGUUCCCUGGCAGCAGCAAUGAACUUGAAUGUAUCCGUUGGUGGUGGUAGAUCUUCGUCCCAUGGACCAACCAUGUCGACUCCACCCCAUCACCACCAUCACCUUAUGCACUUGGGUGGUAGUGGAAGUAGUCACCAUAGCAGUUAUCACCAUCAGUCGCAGCACCACCACCAUCAACAGCUUCACCAUCAACAGCAGCAGCAGCAGCAGCAACAACAACAACAACAACAACAACAACAACAACAACAACAUCUACAGCAACAACAACAACAGCAACAUCAAUCGGCAGCGUCAUCACCAGGUGGUGGUGGUCUAUUACUACAUCAACCACAUAUUAACUCGUCUGGAUCAACAACAACUGCUCAUAGGUGCACUAUUAUUGGGUGCCAAGCAGCUCCAUUCAAGAGUAAGUCUCAGCUGUUACGGCAUUAUAGUACAGCCCAUGGCAUCGGGAUAAAUUCCAACAGCAGCAGUAGUCCUAGUGCCAUCAUCACGUCAAUUGGUGGUAGCAGUAGGUCUUCUGGUAGUGCUGGUAUUGAUGGUGGUGGAAGUGGAAAAUUAUCCCCGCAGCCGCCACAGCAGCAGCAGGCCGUUUCUGGUGCAGGACUUCACCACAAUUCUGGAGGACCUUUAAACUUGAACAGUAGUAAUUCGAUCCAACACUCAAUGGGAAGUAGCUCUGCCAACCAAGUAAUUAAUCUCAUUGCAUCGUCGUCUUCUUCACCACAACAGCAGCCCAACAACCUAUCCACAAGUGCUGGAGGCAUAACAACAACUGCAGUAAUUGCAACAGGAGGAGUAGCUACUGCCACUGGGCGGCCGGUUAUGAAGACAAGAACAGCUUUUUAUUUGAGAUGCACAUCAUUGGCAAAAGCAAGUAGGCGCCGGUCUGCGCAACAAGCUGCCGCUGCUCUGUUACAGCAACAGCAUCACCAGAAAAAAGCUUCGUCUAGUGGAACACAAACAGCAUCGGCAUUAUCGCCAAUAGCUUCAGCUAUGGUUCAGCCUGGAUGCUUAGCCCGUCCUAGGAAUGUAGCUCGUAGACCAUUCAUCUGUGUUCCACAAACAGCACACUCUUACAAACAUGAAUGUAUGCUGUCAAUGCAACAUGCUCCAGUUCAUGAACUAAGAGCUUACUUGAGGGCUGCUGCUGUUAAGGCACAUGCCCGCCGACCUGGAGUUACUCGAGUAGCCAAUGCAUUAAUAGCAGCUAGGAGAGGUCGCGGGGGAAUGAAUUCAGCAACCGCUGCUGAUAUAGCUGUGCCAGAUUGGCUGUCUCUGCCGUCCCAGCAGCACCAGCAUCAGUCAUCUCAUCAUCAUGUUUCGUCUUCAUCAAAGCAUGGAAAACAUUCUUCAAGAUCAUCAACGGGUGGACGCGUCGCCUUCCCCAAACCACCAAAAGCACCAGAUGGCAGUUUGCUAUACGAACGAGUGCCUAAUAAGCAGGAAGCUGCUGCGGCUGCCGCAGCUGCUGCUUCUGCAAUGAACAAUCCGUCUGCAGCAGCUGCAGCAGCAGCAGCUGCUGCUGCAGCUGUUGGAUUGAAUCCGGCUGCAGCAGCCGCAAUACUAGGAGCUUUAGGGCCCCCGGGUUCAGUCAGUAGUGGUAAUUCUACGGGGGCAUCUGGUUCGUCUAAUGAUCAAUCGGCCACGGGGUUUGAUGUGGCAGCUGCGGCUGCUGCUCUCUACCAACAGCAGCAGCAACAACAGCAGCAGCAGCAACAACAUCAACAACAACAACAACAACAACAACAACAACAACAACAACAACAACUACAACAAGGUUCUUCAUUGUCGAGUAACAAGAGGCGGCUAUACGAAACGGAUAGUGCAUCUAUACAACAGCAACCACAACCACAAGCUGGGCCGCCGUCAAAACGUAUGCAUCGGCAGCAACAUCACUCACAACAGCAGCAACAGCAGCAACAACAACAGCAAUCCACUGGUCACCACCACCACAGCCAGCAACACCAACAGCCUUCAUCAACAUCACAAGGGGCUAGUGGAGCUGGUGGAGGUGCCGUAGAUGGAAUGCUGGCAUCAAUCGUGGCACAUCAGCAACAGCAGCAACAACAGCGAGGUGGUACUUCAAGUGGAGGACCCUUACAAUUGACUGCCUCUGGAAGUGGUGGUAAAUCCAGUGGCUCAGCAGGCCACCACCAGUCGCAACAACAGCAUCAGCAGCAUAAUCAUUAUAGGACACCAUCAAUGGCUCGGACCGGUAGGAAGCAUGUUAUAUCAUGGACAGAUGCUCCGGAUGACCUGUAUUAUAGAUGCACCACAUUGUCUAGAUCGCUGCGGAAAGCCAGGAUGACAGGUAAGGAACUAAGGCGGUCAGCACGCAAGCCUUGGCAGCCGAUCGCUGCACUUCUCGGUAUAUCAUUCGCAAUGCCGUCUGCCGCUGCGUCAUCGUUAGCAACACCAAUAGGAACAGCGGUGACCACAGGAUCCCCAGCUCCAUCAACCGGUAAUACAUCUGGGAAUUCAUCAUCUAUAGGGCCGGCUGCACCAUUUGACAUGUCCACUGGUGGUAGCGCUGGUGGUAACAAUAGACCACCGUCUACCAUGUCAAAUCAGUCAGCGGCACCUAUAGUUACACCAUGCAUUAGUGGAGCACUUUCAAUGUCAUCACGUACCAGUGGCGGAGGUAGUAGUCAUCACUAAGUACCAUCAUUUUGUGUGGACUUAGAUGCUAUUGGUGGCAAACACUGUCUGAACGAUAAUUUAGAAUUUCAAUUUUUUUUUCAUCAUCG